UUGAAAUUUCAACAUGGAUCAACAAGCAUUAUGCAGUAUUUGUGACACAGUUUUGAUCAAUGACACCGACACUGUUGUUUCAGUGAAAGAGAGAGGAUUAAAAAAGUUGAUUGAGAAAAGCAUUGAGAAGGAAGACAGAAAAAGCGAGUUAUGGCUCGGAAAGAUUGAAGUAAGUUUUCAUGAAAAAUGUAGGAAGUCGUAUCCUAUGUCUACCUCUUCAAUUAAGAGAAAAUCAAAAUUAUCUACUGAUCCAUCUUCAUCACAUUUUACAUCAUCUGUAGUUGGACCAAGUAUACUACCAGUGUCAACUUCAACAAAUUUGAAUUUUGAUUUUGUAAAUCUAUGUUUUUUUUGUAAAAUGUCAUUGGAUCGCAAACAUAAACGGGUCCAUUUGAUAGCUAAUAAGUACACACAAGACCAGAUACUGGAUAUUGCCAGGAGGCAAAAUGAUGAGUUUAGUACUGAAUUGAUUAAACGCAUUAAAGACAUCAACCUAGUUGACUGUAAAGCUAGUUAUCAUCAUAAAUGCUACGUGAAUUUUAAUAAGCUCGUGAAGGAACCAAAAAUCUCUACCCUUAAAGAACAAACAGCUAGGAUUUUUAAUCAAAUUUGCAAACACAUUGAAGAAAGCUGUCAGUAUACAUUUAGUUUGCGGGAACUAAAAGAUAUCAUGGGAGAUGAUCCCUUGAGUAACUUUGUUUUAUUUCGAAUGUUGAAAGAAAAAUAUAAAGAUGAUAUCUUCAUAUCUCAUCAUCGAGGUAAGGAACCAAUGAUCUAUUAUAAAACAUUCGAUAUUUCUAAUGUGAUGAUACCUAUCAUGUCAAACGCGGAACCAGCACCAAAGGAGUUAAUAGAUAAAGUUUCUUGUAGCUGUAAAACGAAUUGUUUAUCAGCUCGAUGUGGUUGCAAAAAAAGUGGUUUAAAAUGCAAUAAAUUUUGUAAAAGUUGCCAAGGCCAAAGCUGUGAUAACGCUUCUGAAAGAUCGUUUAAUCUUGAGGAUGAUGAAAAUGAAGAUAAAGAAGAUGAAGAAAGAGAUGAUAGUGAUGAUGAAAAUGAUGAUGAUGGAAAUGUUUAUGAGGAUGAAAAUGAUGGUGAAGAAGAAACUACUGUCAAAGACGGAGAACAAGAAAAUGAAGCUAUAUGUACAGGACGUAAAACUUUUAAAAACACUCGUUCAAAAGUAUCCACACAAAAGAUUUUUUGUGGUUGUAGAACCAAUUGUGCAUCAGCAAGAUGUAGUUGUAGAAAAAGUUCUCUCAAAUGUAAUGAAUUAUGCAAGUUUUGUCAUGGUGAUACAUGCAAUAACAGUAUAAAUGCAGGCGUUGAUACCAAUGAAGAUAGUGAAUAUGAGACACAUACAAAAGCUAACGAUAAAGACGAAGAAACACCUACUGAAGAAGAAAACGAAGGAAGCUCAACUGUUAGAGACAGCAGUCCACUUGAUGAAAUUUAUAUUAACUUUGAAAAAUUUUAAUAUAAUUUUUGGAAUUGCAAAAUCUAUAUUUUUUUAUUUAUUAUAUAAUUAGAGAAUCAAUUACUCUUAGGAAGUUUCUUCAAAUUUUUUUAAUUGUAAUACAAUUUUGUAAUCUAUUAAAAAAAA